UAUCCAUAUCUUUUCAUAUGAUUAUGAUGGUUUCUUUGUCGUAUAUUAUCUCUAAGAGUAUACUAUAAUAUCUAAAUUAUCUGCGUGGUGAAAACUACACUACCUUAACAACACUAACAACAAUCAUUAGAAUCGGCCUUUUUUGAGUAAUUUUGGAUUUUGAACAGAUUGAAGUCAAGUGCUACCUUUUACUUACUUCUUUACGAAAGAAAACCAUCAACAAAGAAGUUUCUUAACGAUCGGUUUUUAUAAAAGCCAGUUAAACCAUAUUUGUUACGCAAUUCUAUAUGAGUCAUUAACAGUAACCGCAACAUAUUUCUUGGGUUCUAACAUCCUUUCUUCCUUUACUUGAUUUUUGGACGAACGUGUUCUGGAUUUUCCUUCUUUGGGUAGUUGAGAACUGGUUUUGACUGAUACUCUUGCGAUUCGUCCUAAAGAAAAGUGAGUGUAUAUGAAAACAUCAAGAAUUUAAUUUAUAUUAAUCUCUCUUUUUUUUUUUUUGCUUUCUUUUUGGAUAACUAUUCAUAUAACGAUCUGGUUCUGUUAAGACUAUAUAACUUUGGUUUUGGUGUAAAGUUGUUUUUCUUGGACACUUAAGCUCUUUUAGUAUAUUUAUUCCUUUCGCUUUAUUAAAUUGGAUAUUGCUUAUUGUUGUAUAAUUUAAUUUUCAUUCCGUUUAAUCGUUUUGCUUUCGGUUAACUGUCUUAAUUACUUUUAAUACUGCACUGCUGCUGGAACACUUUCGCUUUGAUUUUUUUUUUUAUAUUUUACUAUUUCUAUCUCUAUUGCACUAUUCACUGUUUGAGAUACACAAGUUUACAUUCAUUUGUGACAAUUCUUAGAACUAGGAUUUGACUUUUUGUCCCGUACUACAAGAUGGACGACACUGUUUCUUCUCUUCAACAUAAUUCUUUUAGGCCCCUUUUCACACCUACCCCGAGUGUGUCGGUUCCAUUGAGAGCCCGUAAUCUUGUAACAAUCACUUCAACGGCUAACCCUAAUGAUAAUACGGAUGGACCAGAGAACACUUUUAUCUCUGGGGAUCACGCCUAUUAUUCUACUGUUGUCUCGACGAGAGCAAGUGACGGCGAUACUUACACAACUGGAACGGCCAUUCCAGUUGCUUCUACAACUGUCGCAUCGGCUAACAAUUCCAAAGGAAAGUCCUCCAAAUCCUCAAAGCAUGCAUCUACAGCUGUGAUAGCUGGUCCGAUAGUCGGCGUUUUGGGUGCUUUGAUUAUUGUCGUUCUCUUUUUUUACUGCCUUCGUCAUUACAAACGAAAGAGGUUUUUGGCUGAACAACAAGAAUUUGAAACACAAUUUGAAGAAGAAAAAAGCCGACUUGCAGCCAUGCGAAAAAAUAACGAACAUGAGAAAAUGGGCUAUCGUGGUGGCUAUCAAAUACACUCGUCUCCGUGGGGUUCUGUCUCUCGCAGCUCUAUAAUCGGUUCUGGCCAUGGCUCCUAUUAUUAUGACAAACGUAACAGCGAAAAUGGUAUAAAUACCCCAGAUUUCAUUACUCCUCCUGGUAAUGUAGCAACUUCAGACAGCUUACGGUUCCUAAAAAGGAACUCUCUAGUAUCUAUGAAUGGUUAUCCUCAGAGUCCUCCAUUAGAAUCACGUAGGUCGGUUUCAUACGGUGCGCUACAAUCUCCACAGGGACGUCCAUUGGCCCCCAUACCUGGCAGACGUACAGUUUCCAUCUCUUCCGUGAAUGAUUUGAACGAGAAUAAUAAACAGAAUUUGAGCUUCGAUUCAACGGAGGAUAAUGAACAUAAAUCUACCUCAACUGAAUCAUCUAGCGAACUCUUUUUUGAAAGUGAUGAUAAAGAAAAACUUAAAGAUCCUUUUGUUACGAUACAUGCUCCUUACGAGAAUAAUGACCUUGAACCUUCACUUCCAAGACCUGGUUGACGAAUAUCGAAGGCAUUACAGAAAUAAUAAAUCAUAUUUUAGCUUUUCUUAUUUUUACUGUGCAUGAAUUUUACGAAUGGAAAGAUAUUUUAAUUAGUUAUAUAUAGCAACACUUAGUAUUAGCAUCUAGCAACAUUUAUAGUUGCUUAUAUUCCAUUAGAAAUUUAUUGCAUAUAUAUUAUUUGAUGGAUUUUGCUUUUUUGUGGUGAUUGGUUCUCCUGAGUUUAGUGAACUUUCUUGUAAGUCUUAGUCAAGAGUUUGAACGUUUCCGCGAGUUUAUUCCUACUUUUUUUGAGUAUAACAUGUCUUUAUUAUCAAGCUACAUUACCUCAAUCGUUGUAUUUUUUAGGUUCCAUUCCUUUAGGUGGUCUUGUUUCAAAUUUACGACCACUGACAUCUUUCCAGUUUGUUGAGAGGGAAGUGCCGUUACUCUCAGUAUAACUUUUCAUCAUUGCUCUCCUUGUAUCAUCAUCAGCAUUUUGGUAUAAUUCUUGAAAAAGCUUCGUCAAGGCAGCAUCACCCGUAGGCUCUUCCUCUUCUUUAUCGGCUUCAUUUAAAAGAUGAUCCCAGUUCUUAUCACUGAUUUUUGAAGUUGUUCCACUAUUUAUCUGAGGAUUCUUCAAAUCGGUAUCAUGGUUAGUUUCUGUGAGACUCUCCCACUUUUUGUCUGGAAUCUGCUUCUUCAAUAUGACUUCAAUUUUUGUGGAGAAAAGACGAUAUGAAGAAGCGUCUGUAUCAAUAGCAUGAGCAAGGGGAUCUAAAUUUAGUGUAUAACAUGAAUUAUCCAUUAAGAUUGCAUGUAUAGAAACCUAUUAUUUUUUUAUAAAGUUAGUCAUGAUCGGAACUAGUAGAAAACGUACAGAUGUUGUUUUUAUAUUAACAGUUAAGUUUUCUGGUUUAACGUUCUUUGCAUAGAUGUCCAGACUUAUAGUGGACGAUGCCUGAGACCAAUCGAAGCGCGUUUUGUCUGCGAGAGAUAUCACUUUACUUUGUACGGUAGAGUUGGCAUCGGCUAUCAUACUUGAGUUAUUUUGAUAGCUAUCCGUAGGUGAUCCCAUGUUCAUAAGAACGCCUUUAAUGUACUCGUCGGGUUCAGGUUCCUUUUGAAGCUUUUCAGAGUUUUUUAUUUCCCCUUUUGAAAUAGAUUUAAGCCUAACAAGUAGUUCAUUUAUCCAUGUUCUCCAGACAGGCGAUAACGAAGUAUCUUCUAGCGCCCACUGAAAACAAGAUGCUGCAUACUCAAACCUUUCUAUCAUGCAAUACGCUUUUCUAUAGAACAGUUAUUAUCGUGAACUUUGAUUAACAUCCUAAUGGCCUUACCCUCUAAGGAUAUGACAAAAAGCUGCGUGCUCUGUAUCAUUCCGUUUCUUGGCAACUAAUAAUCCGUAAUUGGCAAAUCGUAAAGAACUUAUUGGACGGAAAUAAUUUAUGUAAUUAAUAGCAAUGUCUAAAUAUUUUCCAGGGCUUGAAGAUCCGUCUAAAAAUGCUGUUUCAUUUCCCAAUUCACGAUUAAGUACAUCACCGUGUUCCUUGCAUUGAUAUAAAAUAGAUUCAACUUUAGUUUUUGUACUGCUAUUCAUGGCUUUCUCCAUAAGAUGUGGAAGAACUACACUGACUUUCAAAAACUUGAUAUAUGACCGAAGUGUACUUCAGUACAAUAUUUCUAGAGACGUCUUCUGAAGUUUUCGAACUCGCAAGUCUGGCUGCGUUAGCAUAUUCGAGUAUAGUAUAAAAAUAAACAAGUUAAAUUUAAUCAUGAUUUAGCACAAAUAUAAAUUUCA